UUCCCCUAUCUGUCAGAGCCAGUUCCUCCAUUUAAGAUGCUGACUUGUUUAUGUUGAGGGGACAAGUGAAUGACUUUUGUGAGUUAUCGCAGUCUACUUUGAAGCUCGUUUGGGGCUUUUUCUCUCAACAUUUUGGCUUUGUUGCAGGUGAAGUCAGUUUUGUUGCUCAUUUGUGUUUGAUAGAUAUCUUCAGAUAGCAGAGAGAGAGAGAGAGAGAGAGAGAGAGAAAGAGAGAGAAAGGUUAACUGACACACUGAGACUGUUUUGAUAAGUGGGGUUUAGGCGCUGAGUUUAGCCUAGUCGAUGACUGGUAGGUGGACAGCCCUCACCCCCAGCAGCUCUCCAUCCUGUGACCGCUCCUGCUGUCCUGGGCACAUAAACACAUAGAGGACACAGAGGAGGAGAAGGAGGAGGAGGAGGAGGAGGAAGAGGAGGAGGAGCAGGGUCAACCAUGGAGCUGUAGGGACACGCUCAGAUGCCCGUGUGGAUCACCAGUGGAGGAGGUGUGCGGCUGAGGAGAAGAGCUCUGCAAUGAACAAGACCAAGAGGAAGCCCAAGCUGGUACAGCGGAGGAGGAAUACAUGUCCCAGUGCUCAGGACAUCAGCCGGGCCCUGCAGAGCCCCAGCUCUGCUCCCAGUGCCAGCGCUGCCAGCCUGGAUGAGCUCAUACAGCGCUGCCUGAACUGCUUCGAUUCGGAAGGGAAGCUUUCCAGCCCCAGAGGGUCCCAGCUGGUCCACAUGACCUUGAUGAUGCACAGUUGGGUUGUGCCAUCCCAGAUGUUUGCCCAGAAGCUUCUCAGUCUUUACAAGGACUGUCCCUCAGACAAGAGAGGACUGAGGCGGACGCAGAUCUGCCACCUUAUCAGGCAGUGGAUCAGCCAGUUCCAGGCGGUUUUUGAGGCAGACCCCCUCCUCGAGCAGACUAUGGGGGACCUGUGGGCACUGGUCCGGUCAGACGGAGAGGAGACACACUCGCAGCUCCCCGACUCCUCCUGCUUAAGCCCUCAUGUGAACAUAUUCCAGGCACCCUCACCCUCUGUGAAGAAGAGGAAGGUGUCUUUGAUCUUUGACCAUAUGGAGCCCGACGAGAUGGCUGAGCACCUCAGCUACCUGGAGUUCAAGAAUUUCUGUAACGUCUCAUUCCUGGACUACCGCAGCUACGUGGUGCGGGGCUCGGUGAGGGACAACCCUGCUCUGGAGCGGUCGGUCAUGAUGUGCAACGGAGUCUCCCAGUGGGUCCAGCUGAUGAUCCUCAGCAGACACACAGCCCAGCAGAGAGCCCAGGUCUUCACUAAGUUCAUCCAUGUGGCUCAGAAACUUCGAGCUCUGCAAAAUUUCAACACUCUAAUGGCAGUGACUGGAGGCCUCUGUCACAGCUCAAUCUCCCGCCUCAAAGACACCUCUAACCUGCUGCCUCCUGACAUCACUAAGGCCCUGAGUGAGAUGACAGAGCUGCUCUCCUCACGCAGCAACUACAUCAACUACCGGCGGGUGUACAACGAGUGCGGCGGCUUCAAGGUGCCCAUCCUGGGCGUCCACCUGAAGGACCUGAUCUCGCUGAACGAGGCCCUGCCAGACUACAUCGACGGGGACAAGAUCAACCUGGGCAAGCUGCAGCACCUGUACAGCAACAUCAACGACCUGCUGGCCCUUCACAGUUGCACGCCGCCUUUCGAGGCCAACAAAGACCUUCUGCAUCUGCUCACGCUCUCUCUAGAUUUAUACUACACUGAGGAUGAGAUCUAUGAACUUUCUUACACCAAGGAACCCAAGAACCCCAAGAUCCAGCCCGUUGCUCCCGUUAAACCACCAGUAGUGGCAGAGUGGGGUUCAGGCGUCACCCCGAGGCUCGACCCUGACACCAUAUCUAAACACGUCAAGCAGAUGGUGGAUUCCAUAAUGAAAAAUUACGACCACAACCAGGAUGGUUACAUUUCACUGGAGGAGUUUGAGAAAAUAGCGGCCAACUUCCCCUUCUCCUUCUGCACUCACGAAACUGACAGGGAGGGACAGAUCAGCCGUGAAGAAAUCACCUCUUACUUCAUGAGGGGAAUGUCUGUAUGUGCCAAGCUGGGCUUCAACUUCAAUGACGCGCACAACUUCCAUGAAACCACGUAUAAACGGCCGACGUUUUGUUACACGUGUGGCGGCUUUCUGUGGGGAGUCAUCAAGCAGGGCUACCACUGUAAAGACUGUGGGAUCAACUGUCACAGACACUGUAGAGAUCUGGUGGGAAUGGAGUGCUCGAAGAAACACAGAAACACAACUGGGUCCUGCCCGUGCACUCCUGCCCCAGACUCCAAAACCAAGGGAAGCAGCCUGAGUUCAGAGGAGGAGGCCUUUGUUUUCCCCCAAAGUAAUGAGACAGAGCACAACAGGGGUACGUCUGCCUGGAAAAACAACACGGGGGACUCCGCGCUGUCGGACCGCUCCACGCAGACUGACCCCGGAGUGUGGACGCCGGAGAAGAGGGACAGGAGGGGAAACCACCACAACUCUGUUGUACACGCGCCCGCGGACAGGAAGGUCAACACGCUGCCACAGAGGACCAGAGGCUGCUCCGCGCCCGUUUCCGUCCUGCAGGAGAAGAUGGAGGUGCUGCACCUCUACAAGGACAAGAGCAGAGAGCCGGACUGAGACUCUCCCCUCAUGGACCAAAACAUCCAGACCACGUUUAAGACCGAGUUGUGUCUGACUGGUGUUGAACUGAUGAGAUUCACAUGAGAACAUCAUCUCCUCUACACGGACUCCCUCAUGUUUCAUGGUUGACGUUUUUAUUAUGUCGUCCGUCUCAUUAGUUUGGCUUAUUGUUUAGGCUUCAAACUUUUUUUUGUUUGUUUUUUUUUUUCCUUUUGUAAUUUAUGAACACCUCAUCUUGUUGUUUUUUGAGCAGGUGCCUUGUCUCUCUGGUGCUAAGACUCUACGCAACCUCAGCCCAUCAGGUCAUUUAGGACAACAGGCGUUAACGGGUUCCCUGAUCUAAUACACACCUAAUAAACACAGGGUAGGAAAUUAACACUAACCUCAACAGAAGUCUGGUUAAUUCUAACUUUGGCAGCUACACGACAAUUCAUGGAUUUAGAAAGCCACCAUACAUUUUAGAAUUGGCAUUUGUUCGACUUUGGUGACGUGUAUAACAUGACACAGUCUGUCCUUUGUUUCUGUGCCAUUCGUGAGGUGUUUGGUUUUACCAGGCCAGUCAAUUUUCCAACUCACUUAAGCCCUUGUCUUAAUGGAAGUGUUGGAUUUCCUUUUUUUUUUGUAGGUGAUUAACUAAACGUUUCCAUCUGGUUAGUUUCCUAACUGUAUUUCCAGAAAAUGUUCAUAAACAAUGCGUUUAUGAGGGAACACUGGCAGCUUGUGAAGUCUAAUCCAUCAGCCACCAUAUCUAGUAGCGGAAGACGUUUAUUUCCUGCCCUGGCUUCUCAGUUAUUCUAGAAGUUCAUUCAAAGUUCAGCAGGACUGCACUGGAACUAUAUGUAUGCUCCAAAAUUGGCAUUCUUCUUUUUAGCUAAAUGCGUGUUUUGUUUUGUCCACAAUUUCAAGUUUGUUGAAAAUAAGAAGUAAAAAAAUACACCAACAAUGAUAAAUCAUA